UUAGAGUGUCGGAUCGUCGUCGAGUGGUGCUAACAUGCUAAUAUGAAGGCUGAGAAUACUUGUCGUUAUAAAACAGAAAGCAAUGAGUAGAAAGGAUAGUAUUUUCGAGGGGAGAAGCUGAAAAGACCAGUGUGGAACUAAUGUGAAAGUUUCUAACUUUAGUUAAAACUCUGUUCAGCUGCCUGCUAGCCCGCUAACGGCUUAUUGAACUGCUAGCAGUUCAGAAAAGUUUGUGGAGAUAGCAGGCGGAGCCGAGACAGGUCAGGCGUUAGACGGAUCCGUGACGGUGGCGGGUGCAAAACAGUCCCCGAUCCUGUCUGCCUUGUUCAGGAUGAGCCAGGACUCUGAGCUGCUGGGAGCCGUUGAGUUUAUCAAAGAGCGCCUGUAUUUCGCCACGUUACGCAGUAAACCCAAAAGCACAGCCAACACACACUACUUCUGCACUGAUGACGAGUUUGUGUAUGAAAACUUCUACGCAGACUUUGGGCCUCUGAACCUGGCCAUGUUGUACCGAUACUGCUGCAAGCUCAACAAGAAGCUCAAGUCAUUCACACUGACCAGGAAGCGAAUUGUUCAUUACACCAGCUUCGAUCAAAGGAAGAGAUCCAACGCGGCUGUGCUGAUUGGUGGCUAUGCUGUGAUUUACUUGAAGAAGACCCCAGAAGAAGCCUACAGAGCUUUGAUCUCAGGCUCAAAUGCUGCUUACCUGCCUUUCAGGGAUGCUUCUUUUGGGAAUUGUACCUUCAACCUGACUGUGUUGGACUGCUUGCAGGGCAUCAGGAAGGCUCUGCAGCAUGGCUUCUUCAACUUCGAAACCUUUGAUGUAGACGAGUACGAACACUAUGAGCGCGUGGAGAAUGGAGAUCUGAACUGGAUUGUACCAGGAAAGUUUUUGGCCUUCAGUGGUCCUCAUCCUAAAACUAAAGUUGAGAACGGUUACCCUCUGCAUGCUCCUGAGGCUUACUUCCCAUACUUCAGAAAACACAAUGUGACUACUAUCAUCCGUCUUAACAAGAAGAUCUACGACGGCAAACGCUUCACUGAUGCAGGCUUCAGCCACUACGACCUUUUCUUCCCAGAUGGCACCACACCCAACGACAUCAUCGCACGGCGCUUUCUGCACAUCUGUGAGAAUACAGAUGGUGCUGUGGCCGUCCACUGCAAGGCUGGUCUGGGCAGGACAGGAACUCUAAUUGGCUGUUACCUGAUGAAACAUUACCGCUUCACAGCAGGUGAGGCCAUCGCAUGGAUACGGAUCUGCAGACCGGGCUCUGUGAUUGGACCCCAGCAGAACUUCUUAGAGGAGAAGCAGGCAGCGCUGUGGUCACUCGGAGACAAUCAGCAUUCCCAAAAAGCCAAGCAGGAGGAGAGGGCUAUGCCUCAUCUCAUCACCAGUAUGGAGGAGCUCACAUUAAACCCUACACACAUCAACACAAACCCUAACGGCAACUUGUCCAGAUCGCAGAGCUCCGACCAACUACAUGAGGGUGACCAAACAGACGGUGGGCUGGGCCUGACUCAGGGAGACAAACUGAGAGCCUUAAAGAGCCGACGCUUCCCCCGUCCAGCCACUACUAGUGCCCUGAGAGUGGAGGAGAUAAAUGUGCACAGUAGAUCAGCCUCACAGCCACUCAGACUGUCAAUGGGCGCCACUUCCCCACUCAAGUCCACCAAUUACCCGACAUCCUCCAAUUCUGCUGCAGCCAAGAGGAUCGGGAAGAGUCCAUCAUCAACAAUGUCAAACAUCAGGAGCUCAAAUCUGAGCUCUCGAUUGGCCAGCUCUCUCAGUGAUCUGUACGCUGCUGACACCGAGAAGGACAGGAAGACUCUGUACUCCUCUCUUCCUCCCCCGUCCUCGUCUUCUAUCUCUCUAAGCUCCCCGUCAUCAUCUUUUACUCCACCAUCUGUCUCUCGCUAUGGUAAUGGACCUCGCAGCAUACAGCAUGAAGUCAACAACAACAUCAGUCUAUACAGCAGCCCUGCAGUGCCCCCUACAGGAAAAGGUCUGGUUCAACCAGGGCCUCAGGACUUCAGGCCCUACAGGGGCCCUGGGCCCUACAGUGCAACAAAGGGCCCCUCAGGACGCUACCUGAGCCGCUCCAUACCUUCUCUUCAGUCCGAGUACAUCCAGUACUAAAAAUACCCGACUGACCUGAAGACAUUUUUCUUUUAUUUUUUUCUCUCCACAACCCGGCUCCUAAAUUGGAUGUUCAGAGGGAACCUUCAGAUGUUUUCUCUGUCAGGACUGAAUCUCCUGUGAGGUGAUGGCUGCUUGCUCGUCAGACUGUGUAAAUGAGCUGUCUGUAAAUAAAUAGUCCGCACACAUGAA